AGUCAGGCUCACAGAGGAGGGCCGGGCCUCUGCAGGCAGGAACUGGAGGCAGAGGCUUCCCCUGCUGCUGGCUGAGAAAGAAGAGGGGCACGAGGAAUGCCGGUCAGUGGCUGGGGCCUGGAUCGGUGUCUCUCGAGCCGGGCGGCUCGGUGCAAGCUCACCGCCUCUCACCCUCGCCGCAGCGGGCGUCGGGAUGCACGCCAAAUACAGCAGCACCAGGGACAUGCUGGAAUCCGACGGGGACACCACGAUGAGCCUGUACUCUCACGCCUCUACGGCGACCCAGCGGCCAGAGCGUGGGCACACAGAGCCCAGGCCUCCCUCUUCAGCUUGGCGUCCAGCGGCUCUGGCCUUGUUGACCUUGUGCUUGGUGCUACUGACUGGCCUGGCCAUCCUGGGGUUUGUGUUUUUUCAGUUCUACCAGCUCUCCAACACUCAGAAAAACAGCAUUUCUCAAAAGGAAGAAAGAUUGGGGAAUCUCUCCAGACAGCUGCAAUCCCUGCAAGUCCAGAACAGGAAGCUUGCAGAAACACUGCAACAUGUAGCCGAAAAACUGUGUCGCGAGCUCUACAACAAAACUGGAGAACACAAAUGCAGCCCUUGCCCAGAUUCAUGGAAAUGGCAUGGGGACAAAUGCUACCAAUUCUCUAAAGAGAGCAAGAGUUGGCAAGGUUGUGAAUAUUUCUGUUUCGCUGAGAACUCGACCAUGCUGAAGAUAAAUACGCAAGAAGCGCUGGACCUUGCCCUACCUCAGAGCUACUCUGAGUUCUUCUACUCUUACUGGACCGGGCUAUCCCGCAAUGGCAGUGGCAAAGCCUGGCUGUGGGUGGAUGGAGCCCCCUACUCUCCCGAACUGUUUGAGGUUAUAAUUGAUUUCGCCAGCCUGAGAAACAGAGACUGUGUGACCAUCCUCAAUGGAAAGGCUUUUUCAAAAGACUGCAAAGAGUUGAGGAGAUGUGCGUGUGAGCGGGCGGCAGCUAUGGUGAAGCUUGAGAGGCUCCGUUAACCCGUCUGAGCCAUUCCAUGAAGUGCCACACUCAGCGGCUGCAACUACAAACUUAAGCUCCCUUCAGAGAAACUGAUGACCGACACAUGUCAAUCUCUUAGUUGCACCUGUAAUGGUUUGACUUCAGUUCCCAUUUUCUCACAUUUGCUCCAUAUUUAUACAACAACUCAGGAGUCAAUGCAAGGGAUAUUUGAGCCAGUGGGAAAUGGGAAAAUAAUCCGGAAAGGCAAGGUCUGUGAUUGCUACAAGACUUUCCAUGUUUCCUGUACAGGAUCACAAUCACUUCUGAGCUUGGAUGUCAGCAUAUAAUUCCCAGUCAUAUGGAAAUCUUAUUUAUGUACCUCCAACCAAACUCAGACACCCAGAUUUAUAACCCACCUUCUUGGUUUAGAGAUAACUUUCUAAUGUCCUCCUCAGCAUAUACUAUGACCUCCCUAUUUCCAUGUCUCCUUUAACAUUUGGAGACGUGAGACUCUUACUAAAAUAGAGGAAAUAAAUGUAACAACUUUUGCCUCAAUACCCAAGUAGUUCUUGAGAAUUCAGCAAUCACUCCCCACACUGUGCUAGGAAAUACACAACUACUUCUUUUUACUUGCCUCGAUGUAUACCUUUUCCUUCCCAGAGCCUCAAGAAAGUUCUCAUCGUCUAUGGUCAUUACCUGCUUCCUGUUGAAACAGUCCCCUUUAUUGGCAUCUGAACUUCUUACAGUGUACUUCCUCGGUGUCAAUUUAAGACUGGAGUGGUUGUCUCCUUCGUCUAGGAAUCUCUCCCAGAAAAGACAUUUUCUCAAUUCAUCUCCAUAGCAGAAUUAACAUCCCUCAUAUUCCUCUCAGAAGAAGACAAAAACAAAGUCAGUUUCUUUUCGUCCACUAUGUUUA